UCCAUUUUAAACGACUUGACUUGGUAGUGCGUCUACUGCUGCUGCUGGAGGUGGAAAAUGCACGAAACAGACACAUAAAGAUGAGAAGAGCUUUGGCUAAUUAACUGAACGAACUGCUACCAAAUGGCAGAGAAUUACUGGAAGAGGGUAAGCAUGGGUCGGUUGAUUUUAUGGUCCAUUCUAAUCGCUAGCUGCUUGCUGGUGAUAUUAAUAUCCUCUGUCACCUCCAGUAAAUGCAUUGAUGGGGAGAAACAAGUACUUCUCGAGUUUAAGCUCAACGUUCCUGACGAUCUACGCUCUUGGGGGAACCCUAAUGAAGAUUGUUGCCGCGAUUGGGAUGGAGUUCGGUGUGAUGAGCGUACUGGUCAUGUCAUCCAGAUUGAUCUUCAAGGUAAGUAUCUGUCCGCCAAGGUUAGAUAUUCUAGCAUUCCAUUCAUUGAUGAGCUCCCCUACUUGAAGUAUUUGAAUCUUAUUGAUAACCCCGGGUUGCUCGCACCCCAGAAUAUCUCAUCCUUGAUUGGGAAUCGCAAUAAUCGUAGCUCUGCUAUAGUUUCCCUUCAACAUCUGAAACUUGGAAACAAUGCAAUUGUUGGCAGCAUUCCUGAAGAUUUUGGAAACACCAUGCCAUCCCUCAGGCACCUUGAUCUCAGCUGGAAUAGGUUACAAGGUUCUAUUCCUGAAGAUUUUGGACACAGAAUGCUUGCUCUCACGCACCUUGAUCUCAGCUCGAAUAGUUUAGGAGGUUACAUUCCCAAAAAAUUUGGAAACAACAUGCUUGCCCUCACGCACCUUGAUCUCAGCAAAAAUAGCUUACAAGGUUCCAUCCCUGAAACACUUGGAAAGAUGGUUAAGAUGACUUCCCUUGACCUGCACAUGAAUUGGUUGGAAGGUCACAUUCCUGAAGCUCUCGGGAAUAUGUCUGCCCUUGAAGCUCUUAAUCUUGGCAGGAAUAGACUCAUAGGAGAAAUCCCGAAAUCCAUUUGGAACAUAUGCACUCUGCGAAACCUGACCAUGGAUUCCAAUCGUCUUAGCGGAAGCUUAACAAUAUCGACAUUAUGCCUGAAUCACCCUCUGCAGCAGCUAUAUUUACAUCGCAACCAAAUCACAGGGUUAUUUCCUGAUCUUACCAUUUUCCCUUCUUUGGCCAUAUUAUCUCUUGCAUAUAACCUCCUAGAUGGGGUCAUUUCCGAACAUCACUUUGUUACUCUAUCCAAACUACGCCACCUGGGUUUAUCUUUUAACAACUUCACUUUUAAUGUCACCCCUGCUUGGCUUCCUCCUUUCCGAUUGGAAACGAUAGCCCUUAGGUCUUGCAAGUUGGGCCCCAAGUUUCCUAAUUGGCUUAGAACUCAAUUCAAUUAUAGACGGCUUGACAUUUCCAAUAGCGGCAUCUCAGAUUCAAUUCCCUCCUGGUUUUGGAAUACAACUAAGUUUAUGAGUGUUAAUGCUUCUCAUAACGAAAUCACGGGAACAUUUGGAAAUGGUGGUCAAGCAUCAAUCAACGGCAAUGAACUAGAUAUGAGUUUCAAUAAACUAGAAGGUGCCAUUCCAAUCUUUUUUUUCAAUGUGAAAGCACUGUACCUUUCUCAGAAUAAGUUCACUGACCUGAACUCCCUAUGUGACGUUAAGGCAGCAGCUGGUUUGAAGGUAUUGGAUAUCUCGUUCAAUCAACUUUCAGGAACACUUCCAGAUUGUUGGUUAAGUCUCCAUAGUCUGGAAGUUCUCAACUUGGCAAACAAUGACAAUCUAUCAGGGAGUCUUCCAACUUCCAUUGGAUUAUUAGCUUCCCUGAAGGCAUUGCAUCUUGACCAUAACAAUUUUACAGGCACUCUACCUCCAUCCAUGAAAAACUGCUCCAACUUGGUAGCUUUACACAUGGGACACAAUAACCUAUUUGGACCAAUACCAGAUUGGGUGGGUGAAAAUCCAAAACAGCUGGCAAUACUUGUGCUAAGAUCCAACCACUUCAAUGCAAGUGUACCCACAAGUCUGUGCCGUCUCCAAUCUCUUCAACUGUUGGACCUGUCCUUGAACCACAUCUCAGGGACUCUUCCUAAAUGUCUUUCUAAUCUCACUAAAAUGGCUGUCCAUGAACAAAAUCCCAGUGCCAGCAUUUCUUAUUCCAUAGCAGGUAAAUCCCAUGGUAUUGAUGAAGCCUUUAGCCCAGAUGACGAAAUAAUAGAUGUUGUGUGGAAAGGUAAGGUCACUGAAUUCCGAAGUACAUUAAAACUCGUAAAGAGUAUUGAUCUAUCAUCCAACAUGUUGAAUGGGGAAGUUCCUACUGAAAUCUCAUUGCUUGUUGGGUUGGUUUCUUUGAACUUAUCUCGAAACAACCUAAUGGGACAGAUUCCUUUAAGGAUUGGUAACUUGGCAAACUUAGACUCUCUUGAUUUGUCUAAUAACCAUUUAUCUGGUUCCAUUCCUCAAAGCCUUGGCCUAAUUCAUGGCAUAAGUGUUCUCAAUGUGUCCAACAAUAACUUAUCAGGAAAAAUUCCGAAAGGCACACAACUUCAGAGCUUUAAUGCAAGUGCAUACGUAGGGAAUCCCGAGCUAUGUGGAGAUCCACUCCCGAACAGCUGUCCAGGAGAGGAAAAAACUCAUCGUUCUCCACCUCGAUUCAGUGAAAAAGAAGAAGAUGGUGCUUCUAAUAGAGACGAAACGAAUACGAUUUUUGGUGGUGAGUUUUAUGCAAGCAUGGUGAUCGGAUAUGCGGUUGGAUUUUUGGGAGUUGUUGGGACAAUACUAUUCAGCAGGUCAUGUAGGUUUGCAUAUUUCAAAGUCCUUCAGGAUGUUGCUAAUUGGGCUUAUGUUGUGGCUGCAAUCCAUAAGGCAAAGUUUGUGAGAAGAAUUGGGGGUUAACAGAUCAGGGAUCUGCACUGGUUCUCCCUGAAGGCCUAGUGGCGAUGCGGCGGGGAGGGGUGGCGUUCGUGCUGAUAAGGCACAAUGGCUGUAGAUAAAGUGGUGGUGAUGUUGGAUGAGGCGGCAGGUAGCACGGCACGGCGCCAUUGGCGCCAGUCGUGGCAGCAAAGAUGACGGCAGUCUAGUGCCAGACGGCUGCGCCAUCGAGAAAGUGAAGAGAACAAUGAAACCAGCUUUUCCCAAGCAAGACUUCCCUGACAAUGAAAAGAAAACAUACCCUGCAAGUGUGGUUUUAAAUGAUAGCUCGGAAGAAUAAGUAAGCUUGUUAAGGGCCAAACUGGAAGAGAAGGAAAAAGAACUUGCAAACGUUUACAGAGAAAACUAGAACCUGAACCAAAGAAUGAACGAAAAGGCUAUGGAGGCAUCAUCAGCCAAGGUAAAGGAAUAAGAAACUACUCUCCACGUAAGAAAAAAAAGAAACUACUCUCCAUUUGAAGCAGGCUAAAGAAGAGCUGGCAUCAAAAUGUUUGGCGAGCUCUGGAGAAAGAAGAGCCAGAAAUAAUAAGGGUAUACUACGUUCAAAAUCCAUCAUCCAUGAUGUUGUGACUUGUGAGAACACUGGGCAUCAUUUUCUGGAAAACUACGGACAUUUUAUAGUAAUUGUAUUGGAUGUUAUUUGUGUGUCUUCGAAUUAUAUGGCAUUUUGGAUGAGUAUGGUUGGUAGAAUAUGAUAUUAUGUGGGAACAUUGUUUUUUUUUUGUAAAACUCAUAUAGUUUUGGUUCGUUCUGCUAUAAAGACCGCUGGAGGGGCUCUCCUCUAGGUUGGUUAGUUUUGUUAGUUUAUGUUUUAUUUUUUCUAUGAGCAUAUUUUCUUUGCUUAAACUUUUCAACAACGUUAGUACACCGAAUCCUACCUUUUUUUGUUUCACGGGAUUUAAUUUCAGUUUCUUACGGUUAGUUGAUUUAAUAGUUUUAGUGUUGAAUACGAAGUGAGUCUAAGAAUACUAAUCUAUAUCUAUAUAUUAUUAAGGAUGUUUUUACUUGGACUGUAAUUUGUCCCAGACCAGACCAGACCAGUCCAGACCAGACCAGACCAGUUCAGACCAGACCAGACCAGACCAGACUUGGAUAGUUAUAAAAAUACAAAGAAACCAGACCUUACCAGACCAGACCAGACCAGACCAGACCAGACCAGAUCAGACCAGACCAGACCAGACCAGACCAGCAAAUUACAGUCCAAGUAAAAACAUCCUAACUCAACUAAGUGAGUCUCCCUCCUAAACUUUAGGUCAUUUAAGUAAAUUCCUCCGGAAUCACUUAUCCCUUAAUCGGCCCCUGCUACUCCUCCGUUUUCUCAUCUUUUUCUUUUUCUUUAGGUUUCAGAAGUUCUCGGCUCUCCUCCUUGACAUGUGUUUUUCAUUCUUCCAAUACUUAAGCUGCCUCCAUCUCUCCUCUUCUUCAGCCGCACCCGAGAACCUGCCUACACCAUGCAACCCCCAACCGUGAUGUCAAGCAAUUCACAAAGAGGCGCAUUUGGUGGUUCCAAAUGAAGGUUAAAAGGAAAAAUCAGCAAUUUUCUUCUUUGAUUCCAUAUUCAGUUUGGUUCUGUUUUUCUAUAAUGACCUUUUCUUUUGUUUUCUCUUGAUAUCUAUGUAGUUACAAUACUUUGGUUUUCUUUUCCUUUUUGGCAACGUGAUCAUUUUUUAACCUUACAUUCUCUUUAGUUAGGAUUUGAUAGUCCGAGAUGAUUUUAGUUUUAAAUGAGGUUAAACAAGACAUGAAACUGGUAAUGCUAAAUGUGAAAAGCUUUUCAACUA